AUGAUUUUCUAUGCGGCCCCAGUUUGGGCCAAGGGCCUGGGUCAGGUCCACAUAGACAGAAAACUUCAAAACACCCAACAAAGAGCAUUACUUAGAACAUGCAGAGCUUACUCUACCACUUCAACAGCAACCAUGCAGGUUAUCGCGGGAAAAUUGCCAACUGUGCAGGAUAUUGAAUUAGCUUCACAAAGAUGGAGAAUGAGACAAGGCAUUGAUAUAAAUAUUAAUAACAAGGUUUUUGAAAACAUUGAACAAAAUCUUCACUGUAAACAUGGCCUGGCACCACAAGACUGGCCCUUUAUUGCAACCAAUCCUUGGCCAGACCAAACUCUUACUAUUUUCACGGAUGGCUCGAGGCAGGAAGAAGAGGUAGGCUGUGCCUUCGUUGCCUAUAAUGAUAAUAAUGAAGUCCAUAACUCCUCAGACAAGCUAGGCAACUUCUCUGUAUAUCAGGCAGAACUUUGGCCUAUUCUCUCUGCUCUAAGGUGGUGUAACGACAACUACAAAGGAGUUAAUAUUAAUCUCUUCACAGACUCUAGUUCGUCAGUACAAUCGAUCUGUAACUACAAUUGGCGCCACCCCAUCGUUAACCAAAUCUUGCAAGAUAUAUCUAAAAAUUAUAACAGUUUUGCAAUCAUUUGGGUAAGAGGUCAUACCGGUGUCUGCGGGAAUGAACGAGCAGGCUCGCUGUGCUUCAACUGCUAA